CACUGUACUUGGAAGAACUUCCCUCUCCGCACCUGAACUGUAGGUUCCCAAUAAGCAGACGGUCCACCUGAGUUGCUGUUUCCACUUGGAAGUCUGGACCUCCUGAGCACGGGCCCACUGGGCCAGGCCACUUUGGAGGAGGAGCCCCUUGUUGAGUCUGCCAGCCAAGAAGCAGCCGCAUGCAGGUGCCCAGCCAUGCAAUGUUCGUGGAAGGCCGUCCUUCUCCUCGCCCUGGCCUCCAUCGCCAUCCAGUACACCGCCAUCCGCACCUUCACGGCCAAGUCCUUCCACGGCUGCCCAGGGCUCUCAGAGUCAGGGUUGUCGGAGCGGCUGUGUGAGGAGGGUCCCACCUUUCCUUCCAACGCAUCGCGCAAGACGCACAUCCUCAUCCUGGCCACCACGCGCAGUGGCUCGUCCUUCGUGGGCCAGCUCUUCAACCAGCACCUCGACGUCUUCUACCUGUUUGAGCCCCUCUAUCACGUGCAGAACACGCUCAUCCCGAGGCUGACCCAGGGCAAGAGCCCGGCCGACCGGCGGGUGAUGCUGGGGGCCAGCCGCGACCUGCUGCGAAGCCUGUACGACUGUGACCUCUACUUUUUGGAGAACUACAUUCGCCCGCCACCUGCCAACCACACCACCGACAGAGUCUUCCGUCGGGGUGCCAGCCGGGUGCUGUGCUCCCGGCCCGUGUGCAACCCACCGGCCAGCAGCGGGGAUGCCGACCUGGUGCUGGAGGAGGGCGACUGCGUGCGCAAAUGCGGCCUGCUAAACUUGACUUUGGCGGCCCAGGCGUGUCGUGAGCGCAGCCACAUGGCCAUCAAGACGGUGCGUGUGCCCGAGGUGAAGGACCUGCGUGCCCUGGUGGAGGACCCACGCUUGAACCUCAAGGUCAUCCAGCUGGUGCGCGACCCUCGGGGCAUCCUGGCAUCUCGCAGCGAGACCUUUAGGGACACUUACCGCCUGUGGCGGCUGUGGUAUGGCACGGGCCGCAAACCCUAUAACCUGGACGUGACACAACUCACCACCGUGUGCAAGGACUUCUCCAGCUCAGUGGCCACAGGCCUCAUGCGGCCCGCCUGGCUCAAGGGCAAGUACAUGCUGGUGCGCUAUGAGGACCUGGCACGCAACCCCAUGAAGAAGACCGAGGAGAUCUACAACUUCCUGGGUAUCCCCCUGGACAGCCAUGUGGCCCGCUGGAUCCAGAACAAUACACGGGGCGACCCCACGCUGGGCAAGCACAAGUAUGGCACGGUGCGCAAUUCGGCCGCCACGGCUGAGAAGUGGCGCUUUCGCCUCUCCUAUGACAUCGUGGCCUUCGCCCAGAACGCCUGCCAGCGGGUGCUGGCUCAGUUGGGCUACAGGAUGGCCAGCUCCGAGGAGGAGCUCAAGAACCCCGCCAUCAGCCUGGUGGAAGAAAGGGACUUCGGUCCUUUCUUGUGACCAGGGCGCCCCCCACGCGUGGGUGAAGGGGUUCUGGCUGUCGGUUUUGAUAACACGGACCAUUUCUAACUGUUGCCUUAUUCCCCUUCUCCUACUCCCAUCCUGUCUUUGUGUCCUUCCUGCCCACCCUCCCCAACUCCCCAAUGUCCUCUCCUUCUUUCCUUCUGCCUCUUUUUGGCCUCUGAAAUUUGCACUAUGUCUUGGACAGGAAUCAAGGGGGUGGGGCAGAGGGGCAGGAAAUGCGGGGGUGGGGGCAGCCUCUCCUCUGCACCCGCUUCAUCACGUGGGUGUUGGGGGUAUCUGGUGUGGGUGGUGACCAUGUUUACAAGCACUGGACUCACACACUUACGCACACACAUGCACACAUGGAGAGAUACCUCCUGGUCCACGCAGCUGCCAGAAGCUUUUCCAAUGGACCCGUCCAUGGUCAGGGUAUGGCAGUUUUUUGCACUGUCUGUCUUGGACAAGAUAAGUGGUUGAGAACAAGAAGGCCUCCUCUAAUUUAUGAAUGGUGACUCUCCCUCCUGUUCUGCUUCUGGCCCUGGAGCAGAGAGCCUCCCCCUGCCCCGCAUCUCCUCCCCAAACCCCUGCCCUGCCUAGCCUGUGGCCAGCAGGUUUUUACUGUGAGGUGAAUGUGGCCCUUGUUUAUUUUUUUUUUCCAGUCUGUGGUGAUGCUGUCUGUCUGUUUGUCUGUCUGAGUCUUGUGGCUGCCCCUGGACCGUUGAUGACUGAUACAUCUUCCUAUGGGUUUCUGGUUGAUCCUGGUGGUUCAUUUAUGAUAUUUCUUUGUGCCAAAAAAAAAAAAGAAAAAAGAAAAGAAAAAAAAAGAGCAGGUUAUUUGCUCAAGGAACAUGGAAAUGCUUUACCUGUUUUCUGUAAAUAAAAAGUACAGUCAUGUCCAA